AUGAUCGGCGAUGUAACACCGAGUUACAUGUAUUUGCCUCAGGUCCUGCCGCGACUGCGUCAGUUCUUGCCGCAGGCCCGUUUGGUGGUGCUGCUGCGGAACCCCAUCGCCCGGGCUGUGUCGCACCACAACCACGACCUCCACAAGUACCGCCCCGUGGGCGGCCUGGCGGCGCGGCUCCGGCGAGAGGCCCGGCCGCUUUUUGCGGCGCGCCAGUGCCGGAAGCCGCCGCCGCCGCCCUCGCGGCAGGAUGCGCUGCGGCGAGGCCUCUACAGCGAGCAGCUGGCGCGGAUUUUGAAUUACUACCCCGCCGAACAAGUCUUGGUGGUGAUCUCUGAGCGCUUCCGGGCGGAUCCCCGCCGGGAGCUGAGGCGAGUGCUGGAGUUCCUUGGGGAGGAGCUUCCAACUGCGAUGCCGGACGACGCCUUUGAGCCGCAUCACGUGCGGGACGUCUACUGGGCGCCGGUCCCGGCGCAGAAGGGGCGCCUGCGCCGCGCGCUGCGGCGCUUCUACGGGCGCGAGGUACGGCGCCUGCGGCGGAUGCUGGACGACCCGCUGCCGGCACCUCGGCGAGUGGGGGGAGGACUUCGGCUGUGCGCCCCGGCGCCCCGGCGAGAGAGCGUAUUUUCCUUUUUGCCAGGCGACCAAGGACCUGAGGAGCGGAAGUCGCAACCUGUGAGAGUUGACGACCAAAGGGACACCAUGGCCCAGGUGCCCGGUUUGACAUUUGACGCUCUCAAGAGACGCAUCCUGGCGCUGAGAGCUGCCCUUUGGCCAAAAGGCGCCACGAGUGCGCCAGCGGCCGAGCUGCUUGAGGAGCUGCUGCAGGUCUGGAUCUACAACUCCUUCGACCUCUCAGAGGAUGGGAAGGAGGCGGGUGCAAUCUUCCUUUGCGCGGCCAUGCAGUCGCAUUCCUGCGCGCCCAACGCGGCGUGGCACCUGGAUGAGAACAACAGCUUCAUCCUCCAUGCUCGGAGUUUCAUCGAGGAAGGGCAGGAGGUGACCAUCUCCUACCUCAGCCCCGGGGAGCUGUGCCUGCCCAGCUGCGACCGCCAAGAUCUCCUGGAGCUCACCAAGGGGUUCCGUUGCAGCUGCAGCCGGUGCCUGCAGCCGCUGGAUGCCGCCAGGGCCUUUUGCUGUCCGGAGUGUCACCAAGAGGUGUUAGCACCAUCGGAGCCAGGCGAUGCGGACCUGGUUUGCCGGUGCGGCCGUGGCCUGUCGGAGCCCUUGGCGGCGGAGCGGCGGCUGAGGCCCUGGGCGAGGUCGCGCCCGGAGUUCUGCACGCUGGCGAAGGUUCGCGAUGAGGAGGAGGAGGAUGAUUUUGGGAAGGACCGAACCGCCACGUCGUUGCUGGUGGAGGCGGAGAAUGCGGGCCUCGCAGACAGGCACUGGAUCCUGGAUGCCCUGUGCGACGCCGCGGCUGCGGAGGCGCCAGAGAAGGCCAUUGAGCUCUUGCGAAGGCGCUUGGCGUUGCAUCAGGAGGGCCACUGCAUGGCCAAGCGCGGGCGCUUGCACCUGGCGCUGGCUGAGGCUCUCUCUGCUCAAAAUCUGCUUGAGGAGGCCGAGCAGUCGUACGGCGCUGCGGCGGAGCUGUUGGGCCUUCUUUUCGGGGACGACCACCCAGAGCAUCUGGAGGCCGCCAAGAUGCAGGACAUGUGCCGCCGGAAGCUCCGGGCGGAGGCGGGCCGUGUGGUCAAGGCUCAGCUGCCGGAGAGGAAGGAGAAGGGGCCCAAGAAGAAACGGCGCUGA